AUGCAGUCGGCGCAGGCCGAAACGCUGCCGCCCAUCACGGCUAUCACGGACGCGUACUAUCCUUCAUCUGCGCUCGAACACCAAGGCGCGUAUGGUGGAAACUCCCAGGCUGAGGGGUCGGGCCACGCCGCCUUCAAUCUUCGACAGAGUUCCCAACAACACGGGUAUCACUCCGAUAGCUACCAAUCGCAAAACGUACCACAGACGCAUCACUCGCAGAGCCAGCAGCAGACGCAUCACCAGCACGACCAGCCGCAGAGCUCUCAACAGCAGCCAUCGCACCGGCCGCAGCAUCACCAACACGACCAGUCGCCGAGCUCUCAACAGCAGUCAUCGCACCGGCCGCACAACGUGCACACGUUGACGCAGCAGUCGGCGUACCCUCCCACCGGUCCUGCAACCUUCCCGUCCCCGACUCUGAGCGCCGCUUCAGUCCCCGACCCCGUUAACGCAUCCAUGUCGACCCAUUCCGUUCUCCGCUCGCCCACGUCGCAAACCCGAUCUUCCUUGCUUGAGGCCCCGCAGCAGUCGUUUUCCCAAUUGCGCAUGUUUGCACAGAAGUUUGAGACGGAUUUUGGGAGCGGAUCAGCAACUUCUCAGCAGACCAGCCAGAAGCAGCACGGGCAGCACCAUGAUGGCCCACGCAAGAUCCUCCGUAACCGAGCAGACGUAUGGGGGAUUGCGCGGGUCGCCCACUCUACCGAGAACUGA